AUGGCAGGUUGGGCAGAGCUUCCCAACGAUCUUAUUGCUCACAUUGCAAAUCGUGUUAAAGUGAUCGAAGAUUUCAUUGCUUUUCGUGCCGUUUGUACCGCUUGGCGAAUUGCCGCUACAAAGGACAAUUUUGAUGUUUUUUACCCCCAAGUUCCGUUGUUUAUGCUGGGUGCCAAAGAUGACAAUUUUCAAGAAUUUUAUUCUCUUUCGAAGAAGAAAGUUUCGCGCAUAUUUCUCCCGGAAGUUAGAGGGUCAGAGUAUCUAUCAACAGAGGGAUGGUUCUGCACAGUGGUAAAUAAAACGGGAGAGAUGAAUUUGUUGCACCCUUUCAAUCACAAAAAAAUACAACUACCUUCUCGAAAAGCCCUUUUGACUUUCCAUGAUCUCGAUGCUUUCGAAAAACAUCAUUGGCUCUGCAUAGACAGAGCUGUCUUGUCUGCCAAUCCUUCUCUUACGUCAGAUUAUGUAUUGAUGGUGCAUCAUUAUGUAGCUGGUUGUUGUUUGUCGUUUUGGCGACCUGGAGACCUCGACUGGACUCAUAUUGAUGUUAGUCAUAUUCACAGUAGAGUCGCCGCUCUAAUUUAUCACAAAGGCGAGUUUUAUUCCACUGAUAAUGAUGGCGAAAUAUGGGCUCAUCAAGUUGGUGCUGAUCAACCAAUCGUAAUGACACGUUUGGUUGCCGAGAUUAACCAACUUAAUGAGAUGAACGAGCAUAUGUUUAUGUUUCGUUUGCACCUAGUUGAGUUAUCAGGUGCACUAUUAGUUGUCUCUCGAUUUGAUGAUGAUUCAAAUGGUACUUUUCACACCUUCAAAUAUAAAGUCUAUGAACUAGACGUAAUCAGAGGUGAAUUGAAGGAGAUGAAAGCCUUGGGAGAUUCGUCCAUCUUCUUGGGUCUCAAUUGGGCAACUUGCAUUGACUCUUCUAAAUUUAUCGGAAUCAAACCUAAUCACAUAUAUUUUGCCGGUGAUGUGUUAGAAGAACUCAUAGAAGAUAUGGGUGCUUAUAAUUUGGAAGAUGGAAAAAUUGAAUCUUUCUAUCCUGGACAAUCAUUAAGUUUAAUUUAUCCGCCAACUUGGAUUAUGCCAUCACUAAUAAUGUGA